AUGAUCUCUCUUUUGACUGCGACUCUUUUUGGUGCGCUGGCUUUUGCUUCGCCGUCGAAACGUCCAAUACCAGUCGACUUGGGUUACUCCCGGUAUCAAGGGGUGUCAUUAUCCAAUGGCGUUGACCAAUACCUCGGGAUAAGUUACGCGAAGCCGCCCUUGGGAAAUCUGCGAUUCCGAGCCCCUGAGAGCCCUGAACGGGCUGACGGUAUUCAAGAUGCCUCAUCGUUUGGACCCCUAUGCGUCGGAGUUGGUCAGUCAACCAAUGAUGCAUUAGCAGAAGAUUGCUUAUAUGUGAAUGUUUGGUCGCCCACAAACGCUACUGUCAACUCCAAACUCCCCGUCUGGUUCUUUAUUCAAGGUGGUGGAUACGCCAACGACGCAAAUGGCAACUACAACGGCAGUGAAGUUGUCGAACAAUCUGGAGGUGAUAUUGUCUUUGUUAAUUUCAACUACCGUGUCGGUGUCCUUGGAUUUCUUGCCAGUGAUCGUGUCCGAGAAAAUGGAGAUCUCAAUGUUGGACUGCUUGAUCAGCGGAAGGCGCUUCAUUGGGUCCAGCAGUAUAUUCACCAAUUCGGCGGGGAUCCAGAUCAUGUUGUCAUUCAUGGUGAUUCAGCUGGUGCUGGAUCAGUUGCAUACCAUCUCACUGCGCAUGGUGGCCGUGACCUAGGACUUUUUGUUGGAGCAAUGGCCGAGUCAACAUUCUGGCCAACCGCAAGAACGGUCGAGCAGAUGGAAUUUCAGUACGAGCGAUUUGUGGAAGAUAUUGGCUGCGAAAAAUCCGAAGACUCUUUGGCAUGCUUGCGCGCUAUGGAUAUUGAAGCAAUCCAAAGAUUCAAUGUCGACAAGCCGUUCCCUGGGGGGAGUACAACACCAGUCCCUCUGUGGUACUUCCUUCCUGUUGUGGACGGAGACUUUGUUCAAGAUCGCCUCUACAAUCAAUUUGAACAAGGCAAAUUUAUCCACCUUCCAUUGGUGGUCAGCGAUGAUACCAAUGAAGGGACCCCCUUUGCAUAUAAUGCGAGCACCGCUUCUGAAAUGACUCAGUUCAUGAAGAACAACUACCCCGGUCUCUCUCCUCAACAACUUGAGGACAUCAAAAACACGUAUCUUCACGUUGAGCCUCUCCCUAAGCACGCAGCUUGGUUUGCUCCUGCUGCAGCCGCUUAUGGAGAAUCGACCUUCACUUGUCCAGGAAACCACAUGGCCGCGUCUAUGGCUAAGGUGUUCUCAUCUAGUCGUAUUUGGAACUACCGGUUCAAUGUCCGUGAUCCAACCCAGAUUGCAAAUGGAAUGGGUGUUCCACAUGUGUUCGAUCUGCCUGCCAUAUUUGGUGUAGGAAAAACCAACGAACCGACAUUAUCAUAUGCCAAUAUCAACGCAGAUAUCAUACCUAUCACCAUGGACUAUUAUUUGAGCUUUGUCAAAGCUCUGGACCCGAACGUUUAUCGGAAUCACAAUGCCCCUGAUUGGCAACCAUGGGGUUCAGGCACAGGGGAACGCAUAAAGCUGCAAACCAAUAUGACACAAAUGGAAUCAGUUCCCCAAUCACAGACUGAACGUUGUCUGCUGUGGAAGGAGCUUGCGGCUGACAUGCAACACUGA